CCUGAACGAUACGGAGAGUACGUCGGGAUGAACGACUUCGAGCUGCUACGGGUGCUCGGCACUGGAGCAUACGGCAAGGUGUACUUGGUGCGGAAGAUCGGAGGUCUCGACAAGAACAAGUUGUACGCCAUGAAGAUCCUCAAGAAAGCUUCGAUCAUUCAGAAGCAGAAGACCCUCGAACACACCCGUACGGAGCGGCAGGUGCUCGAAGCGAUCCGUGAUUCCCCAUUCCUUGCCACGCUACACUAUGCCUUCCAAUCGAAAGCCAAGUUACAUCUCGUUCUCGAUUUUGUCCGCGGCGGAGAACUCUUCACACAUCUCUACCAGCGAGAGCACUUCACCGAAAAUCAAGUGAGGUUCUUCAUCGGCGAAUUAAUUCUCGCCCUUGAACAGCUGCACAAGCUGGGUAUCAUCUACCGCGACAUCAAGCUCGAGAACAUUCUGCUCGACGCCGACGGUCACAUCGUGCUGACCGAUUUCGGCUUGAGCAAAGAAUUUGUUUGCGAUCACAAUCAGAGGACUUUCUCGUUUUGUGGAACUAUUGAAUAUAUGGCGCCAGAAGUUGUGAAGGCAGGAACCAACGGCCACGACUACUGCGCGGACUGGUGGUCGGUAGGAGUUCUGACGUAUGAAUUGCUCACUGGAGCGUCGCCGUUCACCGUCGAAGGCGAACGAAACAAUCAAGCUGAGAUCUCGAAACGCAUCCUCAAAAAUCAACCACCGAUACCGGCCUCAGUGUCACCCGACGCGAGGGACUUCAUCGAGAAGUUGCUCAUCAAGGAUCCCACGAAGCGGCUCGGUGGAGGUUGCCGAGGCUCCGACGAGCUGAAAAAUCAUCGGUUCUUCCGCGGGAUGGAUUGGAUCGCCCUGAGCAAGAAAGAGCUCAAGGCUCCGUUUGUUCCAAAGAUAAGCAAUGAGAUGGAUUUGAGUAACUUCUCCGAGGAAUUCACUUCAAUGGUUCCGGUGAUUGACUCGCCAGCCGGCGUGCCCAAUUGCUCGGAAACCGACCUGCACGACCUGUUCAAAGGUUAUUCGUACAUCGCUCCAUCGGUGUUAUUCUCCAACAACACCCUCUCGAAAGAUCUCAUGGUCAGCGAAGCUCAGACCGCUACGAAACCGAAAAUCAACGAACUCGUCGCUGCGAAAUUUGCGAAUUCGACGUUUUUCCGCGAGUACGAACUCCAGGUCGAAGAGUCGAGUUUCCUCGGAGAUGGCUCAUUCUCAGUUUGUAGGAAAUGUGUGCACAAAAAGACGAAAGCCGUUCGAGCCGUGAAGAUUGUGUCCAGACGUAUCGAUACCUCUCGCGAGGUUCAAAUACUUCGAGUGUGUCAGGGCCAUCCGAACGUCGUUGAUUUGGUGGACGUGUUCCAGGACGAGUAUCACACGUACAUAGUCACAGAACUCCUGAGUGGAGGCGAGCUCUUCAAAAUGAUCAGCCAGAAGUCUCGCUUCACUGAGAACGAGGCCCGGAAAAUAUUCAAGCGAUUGGUGUCCGCCGUAAACUUUAUGCACAAGAAAAACAUAGUCCACCGAGAUCUGAAGCCGGAGAACCUCCUAUUCACUGCCGACAAGUCCGCCAUCAAAGUCGUAGAUUUCGGCUUUGCACGAUACAAACCAGACGAGGAGCUCAUGAAGACUCCUUGCUUCACCGUGAGCUACGCGGCUCCCGAAGUUCUGAACCAAGCGCACGACAAGACCGCGCAGGGCUACAACGAGCAAUGCGACCUCUGGAGUCUGGGCGUGAUCCUCUACGCCAUGCUCUCCGGACGGAGUCCCUUCCACAGUCCGAGCAGAGAUACUUCGUCGGCGGCGAUCAUGAAACGCAUCACAGCUGGUGACUUCAACUUGAGUUCAACUCAAUGGGACGUCGUGUCGAAGGACGCGAAGGAGAUCGUCCAGGGUCUUCUCACCGUCAACCCAUCGGAUCGUCUUACCAUGUCCGAGGUUCGAAGUCAUUGCUGGCUCAACAGCGCCAACAAAAAGAAUCUCCGAACGCCAUUGGCAACGCCUGAAGUUCUGCACGGAGAUCUAUGCAUGCCACCGACUGUCAAGGAGAAGGAAGGAGGCUUCCGAGCCACGUUCGAUGCCUUCCAUUUGGCCACCCGCGGCGGAUUCCGCCUCGCAGAGGUCAAUUCGGCGUCGUUGGCCCAACGGCGUAUGUUGAAGAAAUCGUCGGACUCGACGUCGACUUCGACGUCGUCGUCGAGUUGUGCGUCGAGUCGGAACUCGAACCCUAGUUCUGCCGCCCGAAACGUCUCGUCGUCGUCGACGGGGAUGCCCCUCUCGAGUUCCUCGGCGUCUUCAGCGGCGCCGUCCGUAUUUACGUUUCCCGAGACGAAAGUGUCCGCUUACCUGGAAACCUUGUCGUCUUCGAUGUCUCCUCAGCCACAGAAGAAACGCCAGCCGGAGCCGAUCCGGAAUCCGCGUUCGAACAGUCUCAUCAGAGCCGAAUUCACGGUCAUUCAAGUGGAACCUCUCAAAUUCAAGUUCGAGCUGAUCAAUAGUGAGCCUUUGGAAGGUCUCGCCGUCGCGGCCUCGAGUAAAGAGCACAGCAUGAUGACCCGCGGACGUAAACGCCAGGCGAAUGGUGAUAACAUGGUGCAGAAGCGAGUGCGGGUCUAG